UGCACGCAUCAAAAUAAAAAAGCCACCACGUUUAACAACAAAGCAUACACAAAUAAAUACAAAAACAUUUAUAAUAUAGUAUUCAAUUUCAAAGAACCAAGAACCUAUUGCUAAUUACUUUUCUGUUUUCUCAAACGUGAAAUCGAUUUUGUGUUCAGAAGCACUUCCACUAAGGUUUGUAAUAUGGGAAAUACAGAAUCAAUGUCUGAAUCUCAGAAUGAAUUUUACUAUCAACACCCUCCUGCUAAUUACGAUGGGAGUUCUGUGAGUAAUAGCUAUCAGCAACCUUCUUAUGAUGGAAGUUUAGAUAAUGAUCAACCCUCUUCUUAUGCUGCUACGAGUUCGGCGAAUACUCGCCAUCGUCGGGACCUGCAACCAACCUAUAUAGCUGACAAUUUCAGCUCAUUGGAACAGGUUGUUUCUGCUCUGAGAGAAGCUGGUUUGGAAUCGUCGAAUUUAAUACUUGGUAUUGAUUUCACAAAAAGCAAUGAGUGGACAGGUAAGUACGCAUUUCAUCGGAAGAGUCUUCAUCAUAUCGGAAGCACUCCUAAUCCGUAUGAGCAAGCAAUAUCGAUAAUUGGGCGUACACUGUCUACUUUUGAUGAAGAUAAUUUGAUACCGUGUUUCGGGUUUGGUGAUGCUUCUACACACGAUAAGAAUGUGUUCAGUUUUUAUCCGGGGAGUAGAGUCUGUCAUGGUUUUGAGGAAGUACUUGCACGCUAUAGACAGAUUGUUCCACUCUUGAAACUGUCAGGGCCAACAUCAUUUGCCCCUGUAAUUGAUGCGGCAAUUGACAUUGUGGAAAGUAACAACGGUCAAUAUCAUGUUCUUGUCAUUAUUGCGGAUGGCCAGGUUUCUAGAAAUCCUGGUACACCGCGUGGGAAGCUUAGUCCGCAAGAACAGGCAACGGUUAGUUCCAUAAUUGCUGCAAGUCAUUAUCCUCUCUCCAUUAUUUUGGUUGGAGUUGGAGACGGACCAUGGGAUGAGAUGAAGCACUUUGAUGAUAACAUUACUGGACGCUUAUUUGACAACUUUCAGUUUGUAAACUUCACAAAAAUCAUGUCUGAGAAUACGGAAGCAUCCAAGAAGGAAACAGCAUUCGCACUUGCUGCCCUUAUGGAGAUUCCAUUUCAGUACCGAGCCGCUCAAAAUAUACAACUUUCCAACGAACAUGUUCGGCGUCAACAUAAAAGGCCUCUCCCUCCACCGAAGGAAGUAAUAGAUCACGAUAAUGCAUUCACAGAGACUCCACGCGUGACAAAUUUCGAUUCGGUUGAACCAGCAGCUCCAGCCAGUGCCGAACCAGUAUGCCCUAUUUGCCUCACCAAUCCGAAGGACAUGGCUUUCGGAUGCGGUCAUACUACAUGCAAGGAGUGUGGAGCUACAUUAUCUUCAUGCCCUAUGUGCAGGCAACAAAUUACAACUCGCUUGAGAUUAUACACUUAAGUCAAAUUUCUUGCUAAUUUAUUCUAUAACAUUAUAUUACCGCAGUUGAUGGAUAAUUAAUAGUAAACAGUAUAGUACCAUUAUUUCUUUACAAUUCAGCCUAACAAUGAGAUGUAUAGAAAUGUUGAGUGUAAAUGUAAUGCUUGUAGAUUAUUUUUGUACCCAAAAAUUAUGUUCAUUAUUUUUAAGUGUAUAGAAUAAAACUAACCCAAAAAGCUUCUCUAACGGUGCUAUACAUUUAGAAAUUCUGAAUUUUAUCUUAAAUUUGAGAGUCA